AUGUUACGCCAGGCGGCAGCGAAAGUACCGCCGCGAUUCUCUGCCCCCAAGAGAUGGGCAACCGGGUUUGUUGGUGGCGAUAGGCAACCGCUUGUUGAAGCUCAAGACGCCUGGCGACGUUUCGUUGAGGGCGGACGGCAUGGGAUUUCCGCAGCGGUAGUAGUGCAGCCAGGGGGGGGCGUCGGGCAGAGAGUGGGCGUUUCCUGGGCGGACGGUCACAAGAGCGAGUUUUCCACGAAGUGGCUCCGAGACCACGCCGCCGACGCCUUCAACUCCCAUACCAAACAGCGACAGUUUAGACACGCCCUGUGA